CGAUCAUCACAUCAGAUAUGAUCAGAUAUUAAUUAUGUUGUGAUUAGGUUUGUUUCUGGUUAAAAAUGGUAACCGUAUGAUAACCUAGUGUAAAUAUAUCGCCGAUUUCACUAGCGUCAGUCCGGUUAAAUGAAAUGUUUUGACGUCAUGUCGUGUCAAAAUUCCGGAAAUAGCGGACAGGACUCAUUUUACCCUUAAUGAGCGAGCAAGGAAAAACUCCCUGAAACAUCAUGAGAAGGAAACCGUGAGAGGAACCAGACCCAAAAUGGAAGCCAUCCUGAUCUGGUGACAUCAUCGACCUGAGGUGACGGUGGUGAGAAAAACCUCCCUGAGAUGAUAUGAGGAAGAAACCUUGAGAGGAACCGAACUCAGAAGAGAACCUCAUCCUCAUUUAGGAAGAGACAGAGACAGCCUCUGCCCGAGACUUUUGCUCUAGUUAACCUAUUCGACUCGUAAGGUUUCUGACGUAACUCCAAACAGAUCCCGAGCCAUGAAUACCACUGGAAGAGGAUAAAAGCGUUCAGCAGAAUCGAACAGCAGUACAGAUCACUUCUCAUCCCUGCCCGAGACAAACACAGAACCGAACGAAAAUGACGGGCAUUUCGCAUCAACCGCAUGGCAAAGAGGCUGUCGAAGGACUGUCUUUUAGAACAAGGAGAGAAAGUUCUGCUUUGAUGCCCGAGUUGUCUGUAAACUCCUUUCCUGAAGGCUCUUUGAAUCCAGACUACAGAGAACCAGAGCGUCCGCUCGGCCAUGGGAAGAAGUAUCACGCCAGCAUGAAGAACAUGAUUCCUGUUCGCUUCAGCUCAGGAUCAAACCCCAUGGACGAUGCUGGAUUCUUUUCCUUCAGCUCGUUCGCAUGGAUGACACCCAUGAUGUGGAAGUUGUACAGGAAUCAUCUGGAUAAAGACUUGCUCAGUCUUUCUCCUCAUGACGGAGCGCACGCAAACGGAGAGAGGUUCAUAAGGAUGUGGGAGGACGAGGUGGCCCGUGUGGGCAUCGAGAAAGCGUCCCUUGGCGCAGUAGUGAUGCGUUUUCAGAGGACUCGUUUUAUAGUUUCGUCCAUCGUCUCACUUCUGUUCACAUUGUGCGUGUUUGUAGGACCGUCUAUUCUGGUAAACAUGAUCCUGACGUAUGUGGAGAAGACCGAGGGAAACACGCUGGUGUAUGGCGUUGGCCUGUGUGUAGCUCUGUUCGUCUCGGAGUUCGGUAAAGCCUUCUUUGCUUCACUCCUCUGGGCCAUAAAUCUACGCACCGGCAUCCGAAUGAAAGGAGCCUUCAGCAUGCUCGCUUUCAACAAAAUAAUCAGACUCCGAACGCUCAGUGACAUCACUGUAGGAGAGACGAUCAACGUAUUAACGAGCGACGGCUAUCGUAUGUUCGAGGCGAUGCUGUUCAGCACGUUUCUGCUGAGUAUCCCCAUACUGCUGGUUGUGUGUAUUAUUUAUUCUUGUUACAUCUUGGGAUACACUGCACUCAUUGGAAUCGUCACGUACCUCAUCUUUAUACCCGUCCAGUUCUUAACUGGUGUGUUGAUCAGAGUGUUUCGGAGAAAGACCGUCUCUGUGACAGACAAACGUGUCCGCACCAUGAACGAAGUCCUGACCUGCAUCAAACUCAUUAAAAUGUACGCAUGGGAGGAGUCUUUCGAAACGAAAAUCAUAGAUAUCAGGAAGCAUGAGAAACUGCUUUUGGAGAAAGCAGGAUAUAUCCAAAGUGUGAACGCUUCCAUAACAGCCGUGGUUCCUUCGCUGGCUACGAUUCUGACCUUCAUCGCUCACACAGCACUCCGAUUCCCCUUGCAGCCAUCUACCGCCUACACCAUCAUCGCUGUGUUUAACUCCAUGCGGAUGACGAUGGGACUGCUGCCGUUUUCUGUUAAAGCGGUGGCCGAAGCGAAAGUGGCUCUGACACGAUUGAAGAGGAUCCUGAUGAUAAAGAACCCCAACCCCUAUCUGAUCCGGAACAAAGACCAGAGUGAUGCUUUAACGAUGAACAACGCUUCGCUCUCCUGGAAACUCUCCGUUCCGAACGGCCCCGAAAGCCCAGCGACUGUGGGCAACGGGGUGAAGAACUGUAAAGUGGAGCCUGCGGACGUCAAUCAGAACGGCACACACACACAAGACACAAAACCAACACUAAGGAACAUCACGUUUACUCUUCCCAAGGGUAAUUUGCUUGGAGUUUGUGGUAAUGUUGGAAGCGGUAAAACCUCGCUGAUAUCAAGCAUACUCGAGCAGAUGCAUCUCCAGAGUGGAUCUGUGUCAAUAAACGGAACGUUAGCCUACGUUUCCCAACAAGCCUGGAUCUUUCAUGGAUCUGUACGAGAUAAUAUUUUAAUGGGAGAACCUUUUGACCAAGUGAGGUAUAACCGUGUUAUCUACGCCUGCAGUCUGAAGCCAGAUCUGGCUCUUCUCCCGUACGGUGACCAGACAGAAAUUGGAGAGCGCGGUCUGAACCUAUCAGGUGGUCAGAAGCAGAGAGUCAGCCUAGCGAGAGCCGUCUACUCCGACCGAGACAUCUUCCUUUUGGACGACCCUCUGUCUGCGGUCGACGCCCAUGUGGGCAAGCACAUCUUUGAAGAGUGCAUCAAGAAAGAGCUAAAGGGCAAGAGCGUGAUCUUGGUCACACAUCAACUUCAGUAUUUGGAAUUCUGUGAUGAGGUCUUGCUCUUGGACGACGGCAAGAUUAAGGAAGGCGGACCGCACAGUGCACUGAUGAAAGCAAAUGGUCGCUACGCACAUCUCAUCAACAACUACCAGCUGGAACAGAGUGACGAGACAAAGGAGGAAGCCCCGACGAGCCCCACUGAUUCCACGGAGCACACCAAACAGGCCAGGGCAGGGUCCAAAAGUGACGGAAUCGUAAAUGCAGCCUUUGACAUGUCCGAUGAGAGACUUAAACCAGCACCCGAUGCUCAGGAUACAAAAGAGCCUAAAGACCAGCUCGUCACCAAGGAGGUCUCUCAGGAAGGAUCAGUUACUUUCAGAACUUACCAUGAAUACUGUCAUGCUGCUGGAGGUUACAUUCUGUUGUUUUUUGUCAUGCUAUCCUUCAUCCUGCUGGUGGGAAUGACUGCCUUCUCCAACUGGUGGCUCAGUUACUGGCUAAGUCAAGGCUCCGGGAAUACAACAAAUCUCAACUCGACCAUCAAUGACAUCUCCAAAAAUCCAGAUCUGGGCUUCUAUCAGUUGGUAUAUGGCUUGAGUGUGGUGGUUAUGGUGGUCCUGAGCGGCAUGAAGGGUUUUUCUUUCACUAAAGUGACGCUGCACGCUUCCUCUAAACUCCACGACACCAUGUUCAGAAGGAUCCUGUCCAGUCCUAUGAGCUUCUUCGACACGACCCCUACCGGCCGUAUGGUGAAUCGCUUCAGCAAAGAUCUAGAUGAGAUCGACACGGCGCUGCCGUUCAACAUGGAGAACUUCUUGCAGUUCUGCCUCAUCGUCACCACCACUCUCUUGACCAUCUGCAUUGUUUUUCCCUUCCUCCUCAUUGUCGUCGCUGCAUUGGGCGCCAUCUUUGCUGUCAUCCUCUACAUCUUCCAGAGGAGCAUUCGAGAGAUGAAGCGGAUGGAGAACGUGAGCCGCUCUCCCUGCAUCUCUCUCACUACCUCCGUCAUCCAGGGCCUCAGCACCAUCCACGCUUACGACAAAAGAGGACAGUACAUGCAAAAGUUUAAAGUGCUGAAUGAUAAUAACUCUAAUCACUUCCUGUUGUUUAACUGUGGCACACGUUGGCUGUCCUUCUGGCUGGACUUCCUGUCUGCAUCGGUUACUCUGAUUGUGGGACUGUUUGUAGUGCUCACCUCCAACGAUGUCAUCAAUACUUCACUCAAGGGUCUGGCCCUAUCAUAUACCAUACAGUUGACGGGCAUUCUACAGUUUGUUGUGAGGCUCUCUACGGAAGUGGAGGCGAAGUUUACCUCAGUGGAGAGACUUCUGGAGUACAUCACAGGCUGUGUGUCUGAAGCGCCUCGCAAAGUGAAAGGCGUGGACAUCCCUUCAGGCUGGCCGCAGGACGGCUCUAUCACCUUCAAGAACUACAGCAUGAGGUACAGAGAGAACACGCCGAUCGUGCUCGAUCAACUCCAGCUCACAAUCAAACCACGAGAGAAACUCGGCAUCGUAGGGCGUACCGGCUCAGGUAAAUCGUCACUCGGUGUGGCUCUCUUUCGUUUGGUGGAGCCUGCAGGGGGCACUAUUGUGAUCGACAGCGUGGACGUCUGCACUUUAGGGCUCCAGGACCUUCGCAGUCAGUUGUCCAUCAUCCCACAGGACCCGGUCCUCUUUAUCGGAACCGUCAGGUAUAACCUUGACCCGUUUAAUAAGUACACCGAUGAGGAGAUCUGGAUGGCUCUGGAGAAAACGUACAUGAAAAAUGCAAUCUCCAGUUUGCCACAGAAGCUGGACUCGGCGGUCGUGGAGAACGGCGAGAAUUUUUCCGUCGGUGAGAGACAGCUCAUGUGCAUGGCCAGAGCACUGCUUCGCAAUUCCAAAGUAAGCACACAUACUCACACACACACACACACACACACACACACACACACACACACACACCCCAGUGGAUUUAUGUCAUAUCAUAUUCCUUUUCAUACAGAAAAUGAUGUUAGGUUUAUUACAUUCAGAUUUUUUUUUUUUUGGUUUUGACAUAAUUUGGGAAAAUGACAUCAUUGUGUUUUUUUCAUGGAUUCGGCUGCACAGCAGUUAUCCGGGGUCGACAUGAAGUUCAGCCAUUUUUAAGCUCUACAGAUGUCCACACGGUAGAGCAGUAGGCCGUCUGGUAGUUUCUGGAAGUUUCUAAACCUUUUGUUGCAUCAGAAAUGUUCAGUGCAUAAACAGUCUUAACAGAUUGAUAUCCGGUUGUGUUUAAUGCCACAAGUUUUAAAAUGCAAAAACAAAUGGAGAUCCCCGGAAUUCUGUGAUUUUUUUAUUAUUAGUUUUUUAAAAAUUAUUUGGUUAAAAUAGCGGAAAUCAUAACUGACCUUUAAAGGUUGGGUCUCCGAUUUUUGAGAAAUGCUUCAGAAAACUGAGUCGGAACGACAAAGUAAAAAUCUAAUCAAAAAUCAAAACAAACGUGUGG